AUGGUGCGCCUGGCGGCCGAGCUACUCCUGCUGCUGGGACUCCUCCUGCUCACCUUGCACAUCACGGUGCUGCGGGGCAGCGAGCCCGACGCCGCCACGGGAAACCACAGCCAGCGCCAACCGGUGAGCGAGCACCCUUGCAGCAGCCUCCGCCGUUACCGGCGAAAGUUGCGGGUUUACAUUCUGGGGUGGGAAGGGAGAGGAUUUACCAAGGAACCGAGGCGUCCCUCUGCUAGCCACCCUCUUGAUUCGCUCCCCUAGCCCGUUCUCUUCUUUUACUUCCACCCACUGGAAUCGCUGCAUAUGUUGGUGCAACGAUAGUUGAAGUUGCUCAUAGAAGGCACCCCAGGGUCAUCUAGUCCAACCCCUGUAAUCUUUCACCCAGUGUAGAACUCAACCCACAACCCUGAGAUUAAGAGUCUCAUGUUCUAUUAACCGGAGCUACCAGGUUGUUAGUUCAGUUAGUGUUUCUCUCACCUGGUUCCCAAGCUGUUAUUGGACUACAACUAUAAUCCCUAGCAAGUAGGACCAGUGGUCAGGGAUGAUGGGAGUUGUAGUCCAACAACAACUGAGGACCAAAUUUGAGAAACACUGCAGGGAAAAGAAGGGUUGUAGCUCAAUGACAGAGCAUCUACUUUGCAUGCAGAAGGGCACAGGUUCAGCCCCUGGCAUUGGUUGGGAUGCCCCCUCCCCAUCUGAAACCCAGGAGAGCUGCUGCCAGUCAUGUAGACAGUGCUAAGCUAGAUGGAUCCAGUGGUCGUGACACACUAAGGCAGCUUAUUAGGCUCCCCCGGACUGGGACUGGCUCUUCAUUGUCUUGGGGGGGAGAAAGGUCUUGCCCAUUCCUUCUCGUCUUCUUGGAGGAGCAGACACUCUGGAUGCCAAAGUUCCCAAAUUUGGUCCUCAGCAUCUCCAGGUAGGACUGGGAAUGACUUCCCUUGCCUGAAACCCCAGAGAGGCUCUGCCCUCCACAUAAACAAUACUGUACUGAGCCAGGUGGAACAAACCUCCAAAGAAAUACAAAUGUGUUCUGUGCUUCUCCUCUUAAUUAGAGAUCCUGGGGAUGGAACUCAAGAACGUCCGCAUGCAAAGCUUGUGUUUUUCAAUAAAUUAUGUUCUUUUGGCUUAACUAAGGGUGUGUUCAUGUUGCCGCUUUAGAGCACAAAGAAGUUGCCGCCCCCCACCCCCCUGGCAGCUAAGUGUUCGCACUUUGACUAGAGAUAAUUAGGAAUGGUUCAAGGACUUGGCAGUUUGGAUAGCGUUGUGUGAGCAUAGAUUAAAAACUCAGCGCAACAGAAAUGCAGCGAGUGCACACAGCAAACAGGAGUCCUGAAAAAAAAAUGCCUUGCAGUGUAUCCUGUGUGUGAUUUCAGGCUAUUUCCACCAUCGUUUUAGAAGACGGGGUUGGUCCUCCAGAUUUUGCUGUACUCUUAACUCCCAGCACCCCUGGCCAUUGGCCAUGCUGGCUGGUGCUGAUGAGGCUCAUCAUCUGGAGCAGUGGUAGGCAAACUAAGGCCCGGGGACCGGAUGCGGUCCAAUCGCCUUCUCAAUCCGGCCCGCGGACGGUCCGGGAAUCAGUGUGUUUUUACAUGAGUAGAAUGUGUCCUUUUAUUUAAAAUGCAUCUCUGGGUUAUUUGUGGGGCAUAGGAAUUCGUUCAUUUCCCCCCAAAAAAUAUAGUCCAGUCCACCACAUGGUCUGAGGGACGGUGGACCGGACCAUGGCUGAAAAAGGUUGCUGACCCCUGAUCUGGAGGUUCUGCAUUUCUGCUUUAGAACUUGUACAUUUGGCUCCUUUCAUUCUUUCAGUGCCUGCAUGAAGAGGAGUAGGAUCAUGUGUGAGGUCUCUGCUCCAGACUUCCACAUGUUCUUCCAAAGGUCUGGAUGGAACCUACAUGCAUAGGCUUUGGGGACCUACCCCUUUUGCUAGGUCCCCAGUUUUUACAGCCUACCUGCUGGAGCAGAGACACCAGGUCUUGAUCCUGAUCUUCUCAUGCUGGCCCCAACAUGUUGUGCAUCCUGCAGCGGAUCUCAACCCAUUCAUCUGCACCACUUUAAAAUACUUGCUGCAUCAUUCAAACACCAAUCGCCAUUACACUGUUGCAUGAGAGGUUGUUUCAGCCCGCUACCCAGCAUGGUGUGCUCUAUGCUCCUCCCCACCCACAUCUCCAGUGAAUGUUGCAAAAGGUCUCCCUGUCUUUCCCCUGUGUUGUAUUUAAACUUGCAUGAACACACAUCCUGCCAAGUCCUUUUCCCAGUCCAGGUAUGAUAGGCCUAUAUAUUUUUCACAUGUCCUAUGAGCAUCUCUAAACCAGUGUGGACUUGGGAGUCUGAAGAAUAGAAUAUAUCCCUCUGCCCACAACAAUAAUAGUAAUAUUCUUGCAAAUAUUCCGGGUGACAGCAGGUGUGCUCCAUCCCAAAUUCUAGUACUAGCCUGCUCCUCUCUACUGAACUGGAAACAUUGUGGGAAAUGCUAAGGAAGAAUGGAGUGGAAAAGUGGACCAGUGUGUGGACCAUAAGAUAAUUAUCAUUUGCAUGGAUUUAUAGUAAUGCUUCUUAGCAUUUUCUGAUAGUGUUUAACAGUUCUACUGCACGGGGGUUCAGAGGGCUUCCAAUAAAUAUCUUGUCCUCCUUACAACACCCCUGUGAGGUUGGCCAGUGUUGCCAUGUUUCAGAUGUCAGAGAGAAAGAGAGAGAGAAUGAGAACCUAUGGCCAGCUAGUAAAUUCAGGGCAGUAGCAAGAUUCAAGAUGGGGACUAACUGGUUUGUAGUUAGAUUUUUAGCCACAAUGUUAAGGGCCACAUUCCCUCUUGGGGAACUUUCCAGGGGCCACAUGCCAUUGGUGGGCAUGCCCAGGGGCAAAGGUGGGCAAAGCAGUACAGCAGACCACAUUCCAUCUGUUCAGAGGCUCCAUCCACAUAAGCAAAAGGCAUUUUCACAGUUCCAGCCAGGCGAAAGCACUUGUAGGAGCACAGAGCAGGGCUGGUGAGAAAUGCGGUCUGGAGAAGCGGGCAUGGCCCAAGGAAAAUUGAUUUAUAUUUAUCGGAUUUGUAUACCACCCUUUAUCCGAAGAUCUCAGGGCAGGAAGUAGGAGUCACCUGUGUGAGUGACAGGUGCUGCAUAGAUACUGUGGUGAGAAUUUCUCUUCUUAUUAUAGUCUCUCCAUACAUCUGUGGAUAGGGAAUUUUGGAAAUUGAACAGCCCAGAUACUUUACUAUUUUGAUUUCUUUCCAGUCCUUACAGUUUCAGGAUAGUUUAUGACAUUUUAAAAACCAGCCUCAAAAACCAUGUGGACGAUUCAGUGUUUUCUAAACUAAUAAUGUGUGCUUCAUCUAGGAGCAAGCUAGUUUUAAGUUCUCCCCAUUCAGGUUGAUCUCGCCCCUCCUUUGAAACCAAUAAAUGCUGUCGUCAUUUUACUUUUUUCAAAUUCCGGUUAGGUGUGGCUGAGUUUGUGCAGAUGGGAUGCAGGAAGGCCACAUUUAUGUUGCAAAGUUUCAGCCUUCAGAACGGUAUAAUGUGCUGGGACAAUGACAGCCUCGUCCUGCGUAUUGGGGAAAAGUACCUUUCUCUCUCUCCACACCCCCCCUCCCAGCUUCUUCUUAAUAGAAGGCUGCAUAGUUUCCACAACUGGUGUUUCUGCGAGGGUGCUUAUUAAUCUAAACGUGCAUGGCUGCAACUUGAAAUUAGGGUAUUAAAAUGGGAGCUUCCCCUUGUUUGUAAGGACGUAAAAGCCCUGCCUGCUUACAGGAGGCUGAAAUAGCUGAAUGGACUUAACCUCAGUGCAGCUUUAAAGCAUGAAACCAAAUUUAGGAUUCCCUUCUGCAUGAAGAGACAUGGGAAAGAAAUAUAUGGGGAAUGUUGACACUUAGGGAGGUUCUGCUGGGCUGCCCAACAGCUGAAUUCCUAUUUUAAGCUGUUUCCUUUUGUUAGUCCAGCCUAAAGUUGCUCCAGGGAGGCCAAGCAGAUACAAAAUCCCCACCACCACAGCCAAAAUGAAGAGGGAGAAAGAGGGUUUGUUAGGAGAGAGCUUGAACGAUGUAAGAAGAAAGCCGGAACUGGGGAACCUGGGGACUCCAACUCCCAUAAGCCCCAGCCAGGAUGGCCAAUGGUGAGAGAUUAUGGGAGCUGUAGUCCAGCAACAUCUGGAGGGCCGCUGGACUGCGUUCUGACUGACAAGAGCCAUCAUUUGACCCAUUUCUUGUAGGCUGUCCUUGUAGAACAACUUUCACUCUUGCCAACAAUAUCUUCAAGAUGCCUAGCUGUAACUUUCUUUAUAUGAAUGAUGCUUUCUUUCCUUGUGGGACCCUGAAGUGCCUUCUGUAGAACAGUAAAUCUGAGAAGGAUUUUGUUGUUGUUUUAUGAGGCGUUUGGUACCACUGGAAUAACCCUGAAUUUGCCUCUCUUUACAGGCCAGUAACAUAAUGAGGGAAACAGCUGGGCAAAUGAAAAUCUAGGUGAAACUAAUUCCCAGCGGAGUUAUUUAUAUGCUACUGAAUUGAGGGGGUGGGAGUGACUUAUCUGGUAUUUUAAAUUAAAAAAAAUAAGGCAAAAGGCAGAUUCUGUUUAACAGCGGCUUAUGUGUUUGUAUACGGACUGCUGAUUUCAUGAAAUCUCACCAUUCCUCAUAAAACGAUCUGUUAAAUUAAGUUUCUGCAUUUGAGAAACACUGCAGAGCAAGAGCUUCAGUAGAUCUUUUUCAUAGAUUCUGCCAUGUGUAGCAAUACAAAGUUAUAUACUUCCUAACUCAAUUGAUUUUGCAGCUCUGGGAUUUGGGAGAGCAGAAUCCUGCAGACAUUAAAGGCAAAGAGUAUAUCAGAUGUCGCACUAAGCAUUUAAACAGAUGGAAACAUAAGUUGCAAAUUUACUUAUUCUCUAGCCAAAAUUAUAGUAACCUGCCUCCGCUGUACAUUUCAAAGCACAAGUAAACUGAUGCUUUGGGGCCUUUGAAAUGUUUGCUAGCUCCCAGUUUUCUAAUAUUUCCAGGGAUGAUUCUGAAUUCUCUUAAAUCUAUCCUGCAUUCUUUAGGAAUAUUCCUUUAAAAAAAGGAAGGGAACUUGCAUGGAAAAGGGGAUUUAUUGGAUGUUCUGUAAACAAACAGUAGUAAAUCAGGUGGCUGAUGGUUUUAGCUGGCUGGCAAAUAUCUGCAUCUAUUAUUGCAGACAGUUUGGUUUCCAUAUCAUUUGGGAUUGUGUACCUCUUGCAGCAUUUCUGAGGGGUUUUGCGAAGGGGUGGCAGGUGCUAAGAAAUGCUCCAGAGCUUCUUGUUUUCAGGGUGCGCCCACAGUGUCAUUGUUUGCAACCUCAGGAAUGUCUUGACUUUUGCAGCCCAAUGCUUCUCAGGUUAUGAUCGCUUAUGGGGUUAUGGUUGCUCAAAAGUCAGCUCCCCUGUGUUCAAUGGAGCUCACUUCCAAAUAACUGCAUAGUAAAUGAGGUUAUAAUAUCAAUCAGCAAAUCACCAGCCAACUGGUGUUUCAAGGCAUGUUUGGCAACUUUAAUAUUAGCUCUGCUGGGCAACUGCUGCUGGAUGAGACAACUCCAGGGGAAACAGAGGGGCUGCCCUUUAAAUUUGGCCUCCACAAUCAAAAUGCAAAGUGGAAGGAACCUUUGGGGGGGAGGACCUUGAUAUCUGAAUCCCAGGAGGCUACUCCUAGAAUAUGACUCCUAGUAAAUCUUUUUAUUCUAAUCCAUCCCAGUGUGAGAACUGUAGAUGCCUUGCUCUGUUGUAGGAGUAGGAAACGCCCCCCCCCCAUCAGAUGUCAAGGAAAUAAACAACUAUCUGACUUUUAGAAGACAUCUGAAGGCAACCCUGUUUAGGGAAGUUUAUAAUGGUUUGAUGUUUUAUCAUGUUUUUAAUAUUCUGAUGGGAGCUGCCCAGAGUGGCUGGGGAAACCCAGUCAGAUGGGUAGGAUAUAAAUAUAAUUAUUAUUAUUAUUAUUAUUAUUAUUAUUAUUAUUAAGGCUACUAGUUUCACAACAGAGAAAGAUUAAGAGGAUACUAGGAGCAGAUAUUUGUGCUUUUCUCUUCGCCUGAGGAAUAUAAUUCUGACAUGGUUUAUGACUUUGCAUGUAACACACCCAUGGCUGGCUUCUUCUGAGCACUGGAAGAAAAAUAAAGAGACGUUAAAAGUGUCAGAACUCUCAUUUGUAUAGUGAUGAUUUAACGUAGGAAAUAGAUUGUGAUGAUGAUGUAAAUACAAAUUAUGGAGAAAAUACGGCUGUAAAGAUGACCUAACCAAAUGGCCAGAAUGCAGGAUCUCUGUGUAGACAAAAUACAUGCAACCACUUAAUGAGACACUUUAGAAAAAUAUAUGUUCAUAGGACUAUUUUAUUCUGUCUCUGAGCCCUCUCUAUGUAGCUUACAUCAUUAGUUAAAAACAAUGGGUUGUAUUCAACAGUUGUUCUCCUCUGAAGGCUUCAGUCACCAGAAGAAGGAAAGCAAUUUUCAGUGAUUCCUCCUCUGUUGCCCCUGUGCUUCCCUAAAUCUGCUCUGGGGGCUCCCCCCCCCCAUCCUCUGGAGCACAUUUAGGAGGGGAAUCAUUGGAAAUUGCUUUCCUAGUGAUGGAUGCCUUACUGUUAGCUGAGUGACACCAUUGGAUAGAAUCCAAUACAACUGACAAAAUGUGAAGACAUCUCCCUCUUUAGCACAAACUCCCUCCAUCUGUUCAGAAAAGCUGAGCAUCUAUUUAUCUGGGGACGACGACUUAAAAGUAUGUAUUUUAUCAUACAGAUUUUCAAUGCAGCUGACAAAGCAGGCAGAACAGCAGUAACAACAACAAUUAAAAUACAGUCGCUACCAAAAUCAAAGUCAUAAACAAUAAUAGCAGUUUUAAAAAGCAAAGAAACAAACAAGCCACAAAUUUCUCAGCCAGCAGCAACAUGGUAACUAAUAAUUCUAAGGCCUGGGCAGUUGAAAUAGUCUUACCUAAAACUUAUUAGGCAAGAUGCCAGGGAAGUAUCCCAAAGCUGAGGUACCACCAUAGGAAAAGGUCCUUCUCCCUAGUCAUCACUACCCGCUAAAGCUCUGGCAGCAGGAGUACCUAGAGAAAGGGCCUCUGAUGAUAAAGCCACAGCCCUGCUCUAUGGCUCUCUCUGCUGCUUUUCUCCUUUCAUAGCCAGUGCUGAGCUGAAAACAUGCAGAUCAAAUCCACUCUGAAGUUCCUGCGAAACAAAAUAUUUUGCCCCAACACCCAGAAGGAAGUACAGGGCACCAUAAAUGCGAUUAAGAGCAGGGCUUUUUUUCAGCCGGAACUCAGUUUUGGCACCUCACAGGUAGGUGCUAUGGCCGUUAUAAGAGAACAAGGGAGGUGUUCAUGGUGAGUUCCAGCACCUCUUUUUCUAGAAAAAUAGCACAGAUUACAUGCUACCUGGGCUCCAAGAACUGGAUGAUAUUAUUAUUAUUAUUAUUAUUAUUAUUAUUAUUAUUAUUAUUAUUUAUUAUGCCACUUUCCUCACAGUAGUGACCCAAAGUGACUUACAAACACAAUAUAAACAUUAAAACCAAUUAUGGCAAACACAACCAAUAAAACUAUUAUCUGAUAUCAUCCAAGCCCCUCUUUGCCAGCCCUCCAAAUUGUGAGCUGAGGGAGCUUCGCCACCAUCACCAACCCUGACUGUCUGACAUUGGGAAGGGUGAAACCUACGGGGCCCAAAGGAUGCCCCCCCCCUUUGAAAGGGUUCUAUUAGGCAGCACCCUAUCAUCCUGCUUGAGGGUGGUCACCGUGGCAACCUGUUCCCUUUCCUCUCCCUGCCCUCACUACUUGCUCAUUGUGGCCAGAUUCAAACAUCAGGUAGCCAAGUAAAUAAGCAAUGAGACUAGAGAGCAAUGAAGUAGAAACACGCACAAAGUGCGCCCUUGGGCAAUCAUGGGAGGCAUUUUUUAAAAAACUUCUUAGCCAACACUAAAUGGGCAUUUCCCCAGUUCUUAUUUGCCACUUUACUGCUAGAAGAACCAGACAUAAAUAUCAAAAAGAUGUCUUUUUGUACAAGUUAUAUAUACCUGUUUUUUAAAAGCUGCCUUGAUUCUGGUUUGUGUGGUGGGCAGUCUUACUCUUAAACCAGCUCGGGCAGUGAAUACCAACAAAAUUUUGACCUACUUUGGGGGCCCAUCUGAAACUCCUGCAAAGCAUCUUUGCUAUUUUGCCUCUAGUACCCACAGCUGCCAGUCUUGGAGACUCACCCAAAAGUCUCACCCGAUGACCAAUAACUGAGGAAUUCCUGCCUUUAAAAAAAAAAGAAAGUCUACCCUGGCAUAAAUUGUUACUACAUUUUGUUCUCUCACACCCUGUUUGGAAUUCCAGGGACAAAAAUGUCCUCGCUCGUUCUCCAGUGAUGCAUUCUGACACACAAAUGACAGAUGAGUGAGUGGGCGUUCUGUUCUGGAAUGCCAAGUCUCCAUUUUAAUCCCAGGAAUUGGGACAGUAUGGAGCCCUUAUAUGUGCUGAUUCAGUCACUUCAGUCUGUGGAAGUUGCACACCACACAGAGCUUGUUCCAAGUUUGUAAGGAGUCGUUCCUUUAGUGUGUGCUUUGGAACGCCCUACCUGUUGACAUUAGGCAGACACUAUCCCUGUACAUGGGACACGGGUGGCGCUGUGGUGUAAACCACUGAGCCUUGGACUUGCUGAUUGGAAGGUUGGCGGUUCGAAUCCCCGUGACGGGUGAGUUCCCGUUGUUCGGUCCCAGCUCCUGCCAACCUAGUCAAAGUGCAAAUAGAUAAAUAGGUACCGCUCUGGCAGGAAGGUAAAUGGCGUUUCCGUGCGCUGCUCUGGUUUCGCCAGAAGCGGCUUAGUCAAUGACAGCGCAUCCUCUUUCAAGCCCUGUUCUUUAAGAAGAUGCAGGCUGAAUUUUUUUUAAAAAAGGUAUACACUGUCACUACUAUGCCUUUGAAGCAAAUAAAAGCACAGUGGAACCUUGGUUGUUGAAUGCUUUGGAAGUUGAACGUUUCGGCUUUCAAACGCCAGCAACCCAGAAGUGAAUGCUUCCGUUUUCAAACGUGCCUCAGAAGUCGAACGGCUUCCAAGGCGUGUUUCCCCAUUUUUUCAAUGGAUUUUGCUGACCGGCAAUUGCGCCUCAGUUGUCAAAUGUUUUGGAAGUCGAACGGUCUUCUGGAAUGGAUUACAUUUGACAACCGAGGUUCCACUAUAUUACGUUGCAGGUUUUGACUGAUACCUUCAGGUCGCUUAGGAAUGCAAGUGUUUUUCUGCAUCUACAAAGAAUAAAACUAUACAUAUUUUUAUCUAGUCCUUCAGAAUGGGCACAUGUUCCUCAGCAGUCCUUCACCUCUCCAGCAUGAAUUCCUCCCCCUGCCUCCCUUCUAACACUCAACUAUGAUUUAUUAUGGUACCUUCAUCAAAGGAACCAUGGUUAUCACUGACUUAGAGCUUGAUGGAAGAGUCUGAAGUGUGUCUGCAUGUCCUGGUUAAGAGGGACCUAGUUAGCGCAACCUCAUUUAAGGCUGAUGAUGGAAUAGAGGAGAAUUUGUCAGCAGGGCAGGAAACAGGAGGAGCCAUUCCUGAGGUUUGCUGCUGGUUUGCAAUCCUAGUUUAUAACUGUUGUUCAGCAUGCCUGACUUCUUCCUAAUGAGCAAUAUCUGCUUACCUAAAGCUUGGUUGGUUCUAAUAAGAAUUUGCCCUUUAUUUCCAAGGAGCAAAAGAGUUCUGGGGAGGAAUGGUUUAAACAUAAUGCUUGCUCAGGGGGAAACCAUUGCAGUGUGAGAUGACUUGUGAACCACAGCAGGGUUUCACCACUGGUGUAUCUCUAGAAGGUCUGGAGAGAAAUUUGAUUCAGUUUUCAUUUCUAGGUGAAGUUACCUAAUUUGCACUUUGUGAAACAAUAUGCAAACCAAAACGCACCCGUCCUUGGAAAUAUGCACUUCUCUGAAUUUAGCAAUGCAGUUCUCCAACCAAAGGAAUGGGACUUCUUUGCUGAAUCUAAUGGAUACUAGAACUUCUGUUCCUGUUGCUGCAACCAGAUUAGCCUUAGUCUACUUCCUCCUUAACUUCACCAUUAUCCUUCUCAGAUGUAUUGAGCCAAGACGAUCAGCCCAUUAGUCUCUGAGAUCUCGGUUAUUUUCUACUGUAGGAAACCAUUCAGGCCAGGCCACUGAGACGUCCUUCACCCAAGGCCACCUGGCUCACCAGGGCAGAAGAGUCAGAGGCAUGCCAGUUUCCAUGAAACACAAAGGAACGAUCUCGCCCACGCUUCCUUGUGUUUUCCAUUAAGACAAUGGGUUGCAAACAUUUGAAAUUCAUCAGCUGAGACGUGCUUUGGAGGUCUGUUCCUUGAGGUAUUUAGAGCAGGCUCUAAUGAUGUAAAAUAUUUAUUACGUGCCUGAAGCAUCUAGGCAUGUACAAGAUCUUUUUUAUAAAAGAGGUCCUGUCCUCUGAUGCCAAAAUCUAACUGUUGCACACUCCUGUGCAUUUUCUCAGUGCCUUAUAGCAGACAUAGUUGUUUGUGGUGAAGAUCCACCAGCUGACUGUACAAUCACUGUAUCCAUUUAUACAGACAAAAUCAGCUAUAAGAAGCACUGUGAGCUGAAUGGGGAAUUGACUAUUCAUCCUCCCGGUACCUUUUCUUCAGUAACUUCUGAAGCUACUCUUAGUUAUGCCCAUAUUAUAUAAACCUGUGACUUUUGAGCUGCAUGCAGGAGAACCUGGAGGUUCCUUGGAAGCUCGCCAAGGGAUCCUUAAAGUCAGCUUGCUUGCCACUGCCCAUCCAUCCAUCCAAUACAGGGCAGUGAGCUCCCUGUUAACUUGGGCGAUGGCAGGUGCUUCCAGGAUCUUCUCCAAUAGAUGAGUUCUGCAGACAUUUUGGUGACGCAAAAGGAGUUCUACGAAGGUACGAUGUCUUAAAACUUCUGAUCUAAGUCGUGUCAUGAUGCCGUUCUGUUACAAGAACAAGCGGACUGCUUCUUUGGAACAAGGGCACAAAGAUCUGCCAAGCAAUGCAGGAAUGUCAUGAUUAAUCCUAAAAACGUCUCUCUAGCACAAACAUGCCCAGUGAUGCUUAAAAGAAGAAGAAGAAGUAUUGGACUAAGAAGUCAGAAAAUGACAGCCCAACUUCAAUUUCAGGUAUAAACAUCUCAGAAACAGCAGAUGACUAAUAACACUUUUUGGAAGUUUAUUCUACCCUACUGGCAGUUUUGUGCAAUACUGAUGGGUAAUUUUUCAUUUAUGCAUAACUACAUGCAGACUAUCUUCUGGUAACAUUUAAAGUUGUUGUUUUGUGGGUUUUGGCAUUUUGUAAAAUAGGGUCUAAGCACAUUAUAUUUUAAAACAAAGAGCACUUUUGUUUUUUAAGACUGUUUGCCGGGGCCUCUUCCUGUUCUUCUUUCCCUGUAUAUAUUCAGCUUUCAUUUCACAAAGGCUAAGGCUGCAAUGAUACACUUCCAAGGGAGGGACAAUUUGCAAGAGAUUAAGGAAAGUAUUUCAUCCCUGCAGGUAGAUAAGUUGUAUCUUGGAGAAUAGCAAGUCAUGUUCUCAAUUGGCAUCUUUUCCUUGGUAAUUAGCCCUCCCUGGAAUGAAGCCACAAUAGGUUACUUUCAGUUUUUAGUAUUAACAGCAUUGAACAAAAUUGCUAAUAUAUGUAGCUGUUUAAUUUUUAGAGUAGUAGCAUAUGAAAAUUAAUGACACAUCCACCCAGUAUGUAAGUUCCCCUGUGUGGAUUUUGUUGAGAACAACAUUAGAAUAGAAACGGCUUCUUAUGAACCUCAAGAGUGGAAUCCAUGGGCGGAAUUGUGUGGAGUAUGUGUGCAGAGAACACAUGUUUUAAUGGUUUUAUUGUAUACCGCCUUGAUAUAUUUUAUGAGCUGGUGGUUUAGAAAUAUUCUUAAAAAUAAACCAACUCUUUCCUCUUUUUCAUAUUGAGUUGCCUGGAAGCAAAUACUGGAGCUGACUCAAAACCCAGGGGGUAUUUUGGGUAUUUCCUGUUUGUGGGUUUCACCUGCUGUAAACCUGCGGCUAUUUUGCAUGUGCUGAAGAAUUAGAAGAUUACUUCCUUACCUGGAGUUCUUUCAUGUGUCGGCUAAGCCAAGCAUGCCUGGCUCAAACUCAUGUCUACGGAUAUCAUUGCAUGUUGCUUCACAAAAUCCUCUUCCUCCCAACAAAAUAUGAACCAGCUAGAUAAAUGGACGUCCCAUAUUGUUUUACUUGGAGAUGCUUUUAAAGCUAUUUGGGCUGCAUGAAUGUGAAAGGCCUGUGCAAAUCUUGUUUAGACAUUACAUGUAUUAUUUGCUACUGGUAUCGAUGCUUAACUCUUAGGAUGGCAUUUGAAUACUGUAACGAUAGAUGAAGAUUUGGAGGGGAUCUGUGUUUGAGCUCUGUCUUCCUACUGAAGAAACAACCCCCACCCCACUUGUAUUUGUCUAUUCCUGUCUUAGCGGGAGAGGUUUUGAGAGGACUUCUGCAGUAUGUGCUGCACAUAUUAAUUACAAUUCACUUCUGUUCUGGAGCCAAUGUAUCUGUAUAUCCUCUCUGAAGACUACAUUUGGCUCUGACUGGAAAAGUAUUGCACUUUUACUAGUGCAAGCAGCACAUUGUUUCAAGGGCAUCACAAUAUCACAAGUCAUUUUUAGACUGGAACCCACUUAUAAAACUGAAUUGUGAAUUGUGCAGCCCACUCUCUUUCUCGCGCUUGUUCACCACUCCUGCCACUAGACUGCCACCCCUGCAGCUUAGGGAUAUAAACUUUUAAAAAUAUUUAUAUUUUAUUAAGGUGAUUUCAGUUAAAAGAAAUAAAGUGAUACAGGGGAAAAAGAAGGAAAAGGGAGGAGAGGAAAAAAACACACAAAGAUACAUAUAAAAAUGAAAAUAUACAAAAAAGAGCAAUAUACGAUAUUCCCAUACAUUAUUGUAUAAAUUGUAUAGUGUUAUUAUCCUAGUGCUUAUGUAAAUGAUAAUAGCCUAAUAGGUUAGGGAUAUGAGCUUGUGGACAAUCAUCUUUCUCCUGGGAGAAAAUUAGCUUGUCCAGAUUAUGUGAUUUUUAGAACAACGAGGCUUCCAUUUCUAUUGAGCAAGUCAGUCUCGCCGUAGGAGAUCUAGGGCUUAAUUGGCUGUCUAUGUGCCAGUUCCAAUGUCUAUUGGAUGAUCCUGCUGUUGAGACACAAACUACUACAAACUACCGUAUUUUUCACUCUAUAAGACGCACCAGACCACAAGACACACCUAGUUUUUGGAGGAGGAAAACAAGAAAAAAAAAAUAUUCUGAAUCUCAGAAGCCAAAACAGCAAGAGGGAUCACUGCACAGUGAAAGCAGCAAUCCCUCUUGCUGUUCUGGCUUCUGGGAUAGCUGCACAGCCUGCAUUCGCUCCAUAAGACGCACACACAUUUCCCCUUACUUUUUAGGAGGGAAAAAGUGAGUCUUAUAGAGCAAAUAAUACGGUAAAUUUGAAGGAAUUCUAUGAAAUUUGGUUCAUCAGGGCAGAAGAGCAGUAUCUUAUUCUUCAUAAGGAACCUUUAAAAAAAACCCACAAAAAAUCAUUUUAAGCACCCUAUUUUUUUUUACCGCCCCCCCCCCCCCCGCCAGUCAGCCAGUAGCGCUCUCUCAGGAUUUUUGGUUGGUUGGUUUUCUUCUCAAGCUUUUCUUCCCAAGGGUAGCACAAGACAUCAUACUAUUGUGUGUUUCUCAUUUGUCUCGGGCACUCUUAAGUGUGGUGCCUUCCAUACCAUUUACUGCACUCAAAUGCACUUGCCUACAGGGCAGCAAAGCCACGCCCACCUCACCUGGAAAUGCUCCACCUGUCUUCACUCUUACAUCAUGGCAAUGUAAUAUCUCCAUUGCUCUUCCAUGUCCCCCACAUCCCGCUUUGCAUAACAUCCAGCUUAAGGAAGAGCUCUGGAGUAAAUGAAUUCUUGCUCACUUACCUUGUACCAUUUUAGUUGGGCCUCAUGGAGGCAUUGCCCGACCGUGAUUUUUAGAUAAUGAUUUUUCCCAAGUGAACCAGCACAGCUGCCUACACCCUAUGAUGCUAAUGGAGGUGAGCGGGACCCUCUUCCUGUUUUUAUUGGCUUUCCUGUUCCUGCAUGUGCCUCUUCCAUGGCCCUUGAAGCAUGUUCUAGCCCCCAUUUUUAACAUUGCUGUAGCAUCUGCAAAUGCUAAAAUAGCUCCGUAACAAGGAUGGAUUAAAUUUCCCAUAGUGAAUGGAGAUUUAGGUUCUGGCAGCAUAAUGUGUAACUGAUCUUAGGCUUUAUUUGAACCAAGUAGCCUUCAAAACAUCCACUACUCAAGACUGGAAACAAAAUAGUUUUAAUAGAGAUGUGGAUUUCCCCCGCCCCCGCCCCCUGCAUUUAUUAUUUUUUAGUUCAAUUAGAUAAGUCGCAAUGAAGCAUUCAUUUUGGGGGGAGGGAGAAAUCUUUUUCUGAAGUGGGUAGAUUUAUGGGAACCUAUCUAUGGUGAAGAACCCAGCAAGAAGUAUUGCUAUUUUGCUACAUUCCUAAUGUUUGGGGCAAUCAAGUUUAAAUAUAUAUAAUUUUCAGAGCGUAAAACAUGUGAAGUUAUAGCCUAGCUAAAAUAUAAUUCAGUUAGUCAGUUAAACAAUGAUAUAUCAUCAAAGAGCCUUGAACUAUGGCCAGAGUGUACCAAGCAUUUUAAAAACUGGUAACCACAGAGAUAUUUCUAUAAGGAAUGUUCACCUCAUGGGGAUUCUUUAAAGGUGCUUCAUGUUGUUAGUUUCUUUCUUUCUCUUUUUUACAAAGUUAUAGCUCUGCUUUAUUGUACAUGAUGUCCUAUAAAGAAGAUCUAUGUCUGCGAUACCUCUUUGAAAGAGGACCACGGUGCUAUCCGUUUAAAAGAGAACGCAGUCAAGCAGUAAAUUUAGGGGGCCAUCUCUUUUCAUAUUGACUGUAUCUGAGCCAGCAGUGGGUCUUUGAUGUUGUAACAAUAGCGCAUAGGCCGAGAGGAGUAUUAGGGCUUGAACAAUGUCGAAAUGAAGCUGCAUUCAUUAGUUUCAAAGAGAGAGGCUUCUAAUGUGUAGCAGAACUUUAUUUCUGCAUGCUUCCUUGCUUCUUGCAGGAAGAGAUUGUGCGGCGUCUGUCAUAUAGUUUUUGUACAAUUUCAGCCUGGAGUCUCUUGCGUUUAUCAUUUUUAAUUAUAAACCAGGUGCUGUGGAAACUUGCAUUGUACACUAGGUGCUUUACUAGUUACAUAAAGGCAUCAAGACAUUUCUUUCACCCCACGGGCCUCUCAAACCCACCAGCUUAGGCUACAUAGCGCAGAAGAAAACACUGGUUCAGAUAGUUUAGUGUCAGCAACAUUUGAGAACUAGGCAUGUUAUUAGUUUCACAGUCCAGCUAAUUCUAGGCCUUAAAUAGUCAGAUGCUUAUUAAAGACAAGGUUGUUUUGUUCUCAGAAAUUAUUCUGAAUAACCAUUAGCAUUCCUGGUAGUUCCCACGCUUUACAUACUCCAGACACGAAACAAAAUAAAAAAAUUCUUUCCAGUAGCACCUUAGAGACCAACUAAGUUUGUCAUUGGUAUGAGCUUUCGUGUGCAUGCACACCUCUUCAGAUACACUGAAACAGAAGUCACCAGACCCUUAUAUAUAGUGAGAGGGUGGGGAGGGGUAUUACUCAGAAGGGUGGUGGGAAUGGGUGAUUGGCUGAUAGGUGUGGUAAACUUGUUGACGACUGUUAACAACUGGAAUUGGUCUUACAGGGAAAAGCAAGGGGUGAGAUGGCUAAAAAUAGCUUCAUCAUGUAUAAUGAGAUAAGAAUCCAAUGUCUCUAUUCAGACCAGGUCUCUCCAUGGUUUUAAGUUUGGUAGUAAGUUGUAAUACAGCAACUUCUCUUUCCAGUCUAUUUCUGAAGUUCUUUUGUAAUAAGACAGCUACUUUGAGAUCUUGUAUAGAAUGUCCUGGGAGACUAAAGUGUUCUCCUACUGGUUUCUCUGUCUCGUGAUUCCUGAGGUCAGAUUUAUGUCCAUUUAUCCUUUGGCGUAGGGUAUUCCAGACCGUAUCGUUCAAAACGCUAAACGCUGAUUCUCAUUCUACGUAACAAGGGUGCUUGCAGCAUAAACUGGGUGUCUGGAGCAUCAAACACUGAGAUGGGAGCAUGCUUUUUGUGGGCACACAUGGAGGGAACAUAUACCAGGAAGGCCCAAUGAAUAUACUUUGAGCACCUUUGCCACAUAAAGUGAAAACCAACUUGCAGUUGACAACAUACGAUUGAUAUACAGCAACCAGAGAAGAAUUUGGGGUUUUGAAUGCUCACAUCUCCUUUUGAGGCGAGCAUUACCAAGCCCACAGAGAUUGUUUCUGAGCUGAACUCUGGCAAAUGCCAUUGACACUUUCACAAAUGAAGGAAAGAGACCACAGGUGCAAUUCCCUUGACACCCAGGGCAUUUGCUUCUAUAAACAAGAGCCCCAAACAUCUUUUGUUUAAAUAGAUUGCCUCUCCCCAGGUGACCCUACUUUUUCAAAUAUAACACCCUUCUGUUACAGUCAGAAGUUAAAGCUCCAGGAGGACGCAGUGGGCAAGCGUUAUAUUUGAAAAGGCAAGGUUCAUCCUGGGAGAGGCAAUCUAUUUAAGCACAAGAUGUUUUUUGGUCUCUGAAUCUCUGGUGAAAUCCUUGUUCCUUGUGAGCCAUGUCGACAAAAUGCUUUCAAGACACUAAGGGAAACACCAUUUGACAGGCGAUGGAUACACAAAUAUAUUUAGCAAGGAGAUGGUGAAUGAUCUUGGGGAGUGGGCAGGAGGAGAGGCAAAGAGCAGAGAGCAGCUGCCUGCUGGAAACUACAGACAGCUCUGAGAAGCUGCAUGCUUUUAAAGCUGCAGGGUUUUUCUACCAUGUUGCAAGAAUUGAAGACCCACUUGAAGUCAACCUGAAAAGGAGAUUAUCUAGAUAUAGCAGUUAACGACUCGCUGCAGACCUCAGUGUGGAGUAGUGGCUAGAGUCUCAGACUAGGACCUGUGACAUCCAGGUGGAAAAUCUUAUUUAGGGCCUUUCUACACUUUCCAUUUUUAUAGCAUAAUGGUUGCUGAGUUUUUCAGAUUUUUUGACACAUUGCUGCAUGACGUCAGCAUGCAUAUUCCAGCUAGUAUUCCAGAAUAAUGUACCUGGAAAUCUGCUGCUUCUUAUACGGUAAGGAAUCCAACUUGGUGAAAGAUCCAGAAUGGAUCCUCAAUAUUUUUAGUUGUGUGGCAUGGGGACAAGCAUUGGCCUGUUCUUUGUGUGAAGGGUGGUGGGGGUCAGCGGCAAUAGUUUGGAAGGCGUCCGUUUCGUGCUGCUUCCCUUGGACCACUGCGAGCUGUCGGUUUGAGAGCUGAGUUCAGAGGAGAGUUGUGGCAGAUAGAGAUGAUGGUACUGAGUCAACAUCUGAUGCAUGACAACAGUCAUUAGCUGCAGACAAAAUUUUGCCACAAAAACCGGGUUUGCCAGAAGCGUACUUCCUCUUCCGAUUUCCUAUACAGUGGUACCUUGGGUUACAUACGCUUCAGACUCUGCUAACCCAGAAAUAGUGCUUCAGGUUAAGAACUUUGCUUCAGCAUGAGAACAGAAAUUGUGCUCCGGUGGCGCGGCAGCAGCAGGAGGCCCCCAUUAGCUAUAGUGGUGCUUCAGGUUAAGAACAGUUUCAGGUUAAGAACGGACCUCUGGAACGAAUUACAGUAUUUUUCGUUCCAUAGGACGCUCCGUCCCAUAGGACGCACCUACUUUUUGGGGGGGGGAAAUAAAGGAAAAAUUUUUUUCCUUUAUUUCCCCCCCAAAACCAGGUCGGGGAACAGUGGGAUGGCGGCGCUGUGCCUCCCCGUUGUCCCCCAAGCUUGUGGGGCUGGCCGACGUCCGCCCGGCGUGAGGGGCACUCUGCUUCAGGGCGCCUCACACGCCGGGCGGCAGGCUGCGGACACCUGUGCGAAGCACGGGGCAUCCUCCGGAGGGCGCCCCAUGCUCCGCACUGCAGGCUGUCGCCCGCAAGCCAUGCGUGCCCGGGGGGGAUCUCCCCCCGGGUGCGCAAGGCUUGCAGAUAGCUUCCUGGAGCCUGGAGAGCGAGAGGUGUCGGUGCGCACCGACGCCUCUCGCUCUCCAGGCUUCAGCGAAAGCCUGCAUUCGCCCCAUAGGACGCACACACAUUUCCCCUUCAUUUUUGGAGGGGAAAAAGUGCGUCCUAUAGGGCGAAAAAUACGGUAAGUACUUAACCUGAGGUACCACUGUACUUCCACAAGGUCAAUAUUCUGGGGUACUAGGCAUUAAAAAUAAAUAAAUUAAAAAGGGCUGACCCCCUCAGCAUGCUGAUAUUUAAUGGCUAGAGGAACGCAAGGACACUUUAGGCGUGUGAAUGUAACCACUGAACUUUUCUCAGUUUGAGCAAAGCUUACUAUGACCAUGGAAAGGAAAACCCUGCACUCACUCUCUUAACAUUUGUAUCAGCUACAAAGUCAAGUCUUUAAAAUGUUGAAUCAAACAGUGACUAUUCCGCUAUAAAUGGUCAGUGCGAAAAGCCCCUGAGUUGCGAUGCUCAUUGGGUAAUCAAUUACUGUCUUGCAGUCCAAGCUACCUGACAAAGCUGUUGUGAUGAUAAAAUGAGGGGGAAUCGCGUGGCUUAAAAGUGAAUGUGCAAAACGUUUGUGCAUGGGGCUAAACUCACGACUGCUUUGCUCAUCUCCUGCUCCUACAGGGAGCUAACCCGUGGUUUGGCUUAGGGUUCCCCCAGGCCAAUGGCAAGUGGCAAUCCAGGAGCAAACCAUUGUUAGAGUGGGGGAGAAGCAAAGUGAACACCAUUUUUGCCAGUGUGCCACCACACCUUUAAAGCAUAGUUAUUAAGCGUAACUGUGACAUGUAAACCAACCCACUGGGUUCUGCUAACUCUUGUCCGUCUUUCUUAUUUGCUGUGUGUAAUCUUGGUGUUUGCUUCUUGCCCCCAGGAUGCCCUCCACACAGAUGGUCUUCCAUCACCUGAAGCCAGCUUUACACUAAACCCUGAGGACAGACGGGAUUAUCCUGACCACCAUGUCGCGCACAAAUCAUUCACCAAGCAGCGAUUCAGGCAAGAGAAUGGGCAUACAGCUUUGCAAAGAGAUGGGCCGAGGCCAUUCCUUCUGGAUCUCCCAAACUUUCCUGACCUCUCAAAAGCAGACAUCAAUGGGCAAAACCCAAACAUCCAGGUAAAAAACUCUUCUUUCCUAUUUAGGCUCUUACUUGAAUCAUGGAAUAAACAGCGUCUAACAAAGGUACAAUUUCAUUCACGAAACCUACAAGCCACAUGGAAACCAAGAAAUGUAAGAAAGGAGUUUUUCUUCCCCCAGGUUUCCAUUUGCCAUACAGCUAAGGUGAUUGGUGAAUGGAUUGAUUGAUCUGUUCAAACAGAUGGAUUAUUCUGUUCAAAAGGUAUAUUGUUGGUGUCAAUAUGAUAAAACAUAUUAUCAACAUAAAGCAAAAUACCUACAGACCAGUAUCUUAGCAAACCCUGCAACAAAGGUCAUGCAUUUAAAGUUGAAGUAAAUGUGGAGAUGUCUGGCACAAGUUUUUUGGAACUUUAUUCAUCUGACUGAAGAUGUUUUGCUGCAAUUAAACAGUAAACGUGUGGUGCUGAAACACUCACAUAGCUUCUUUGAAAUAGUUUGGACCAUCUUUGCCUAGAAUAUUGUAUAAGAGGACUGGUUCAAAUGUUGAAAUGAGCCCAGAAAACAAAACCUUAUGGAUAAACAUUAGCUUGAAUGGAAAUAAACCACUGAACUGUGGAACAGGGACAAAACUCAUAACUUGAAACAAACACUAGACUUCGAGCAAGUUCCUCCAAAAUCAUCAGUCAGAACAUUUGCAAUAUUUUAGAGCAGAAUUGUUUGCCUGAAAAUGGCACAUCGCUUUGUAUAUGUCACUGGUUUAAUGUCAGAAUCUGCUAUGAGUUGCACCCAAUGUUAGUUCUAUCCAUUGAGUGGACCCACUGAAAUUAAAUAAAAAACGAGUAACUUGCAUAUAUUAAUUUCAGUGGGUAUACUCUGAGGAGAACAAUAACGAACAUGGGAUACAACCAUAUACAGAAGAUUUUCAGGUAGACAUGUAUAACUUAUUCUACCGUUCCCCCACAUGUACACUUAAAAAUAAACACUUCCUUGGGCUUUCUUACAAUAAAGGUAGGUAAGUUGUUUUUUAAAUGUUUGCAAUACAAGACAGCAGUCAGUCACGGACAAUAGCCUUGCACAAAAUUUCGAGACUUGUUCUACCUAGUGCCAGUUGAAAUGAAUACAGUGCCUGUCUGUUUACUCAUUAUUUGGCUCAAUCUUUCCCAGAAAUGAAAUAUUUUCAUUCAGCCCCUUUUCCAUUUGUGCAAUUGUUUCAGUAUUAGCAAGACAAGGAGACAUUUGAAAAGGGUAACCCAAGCAGCUGUUACUUUUGUGCUACGGAUGCUUUUUUAAACUCCGUUGCCAAAUCAGCAGCCAAAUGCACCACUGCACUCAAGUAAACGAAUUCACAGGAAGUCCUUGAAAAUGAGGUGCUUUUUUUUUAAAGCCAGUAACAUAUUUCCUUGGGGAUCAGAGAUUUUCUUCGUUCUUGGUGAAAAGCUCUUUUGUUGAUCGCCCAUUGAUUUGACACAUGCCAGCUCAUGCGGUCAUGCCAGCAGUGCAAGGCUAUUCAGGGUGCAACAGCUUCACUUUCUUUUCCUUCGAAACAAAGUGAAGUCAUGUGUCGAGCCAAUAAUUUGGCUGCCAAAAUUUUUUUCUGUGUGAUGUUCUUUUUUCCCCCCUUUCGGUUUCCCAGCCUAUUUAAAUGUGUACCAACUGUGAGGAGCUCUUGGGCUUGGAUUCCGAUACCUCGCUGCUUCUGUUUUUGUGAACUCUCCUCUUCCUCCAGUUUUUAAGUCACCGUUUCUCACAUUUCCAGAGCACGUUAAUUCUAUGCGGCAUAAACAAGAACAAAGUGUCCUGUGGCACCUCUGUCCUUCUUUGAACCUUUGCUCUCUGCCUCUUCUCCUCUUUAAAAGGUAACCCAAACAAAAAAGUCAAUAUUGGUGAUGCUAGUAGUACAAACCUCCCUAGGCCUAAUCUACUUCUUCCACUAACUGAGGACCAGUCUGACAGAAGACAGCAGACAUCCUUUCUGUUUGUUGCAUACACACACACACACACACACACACAGUGGUACCUCGGAAGUUGAACAGAAUCCAUUCCAGAAACCAAGGCACAGCUUUCAAUUGGCUGCAGGAAGCUUCUGCAGCCAAUUGGAAGCCAUGGAAGUCACCUCGGACGUUCUGGUUCCAAAGAACGUUCGCAAACCGGAACACUCACUUCCAGGUUUGUGGCAUUCGGGAGCCAAAACGUUUGACUCGCAAGGCCUUCGGGAUCCAAGGAUGUAUAUGGAUUCCUUUCCCCCUCCCUUGCAAGUUCCAGAUGGCACUUGCCUUUUGUCUUGGCUUGACAAAAUCUUUCACUGGCAUGUCAACAUAUUUUUCUUUCUUUCUUGGAUUGGUGUUUGGGACAGAGCUGUAGAGACCUGAAUUCUUAUUUGCCUGCUGUCUCGAAUUCUCCAGGUGACUAUAGAAGUUGUUGAUGGGCCAGAUUCUGAACCAGAGAAGGAUCUCCGAAAGGAAGGCAGCAAACCCAGCUGGCCUGUCCCAUCACCAGACUGGAGGAACUGGUGGCAGAGAUCAGCACCCACGGUCACCCGCAUGAGUAGCGGGGACCAGGAUUACAAGUAUGACAGCACAACCGAAGACAGCAACUUCCUGAACCCCGUUGGUGGCGGGUGGGAAAGUCACGCACCUAGUCACCGGACAUUUGACUCAAAGGCACAGCCAGAGUAUGGUGAGUGAGCCUUCUGAAUCCCUUGUUUGUAGCACCUUAGGUUGGUAGCAGUGCUCUGCAGGUGAGGAGCCAUCAGCAGUGGAAAUGUGAGGUGGGGCAGAGCCACAGGGGGCAGGAGUAGGUACUUUCAACACCAGCAUUCCUGCUUCUUACCUGGACUUGGUUGGGGGAGGGUGGCAUGAGGUAGGGAACACGCAGGGGCACCGGUGGGACCAGUCCUGUGCGUCUGCACAACUUCGCCACCACCCGGCGCUGCACUAACAGGGAAGCAGGUGUUGGGAGGCACCCACCACUACGGAGAGUGACUGGGCACCAAAGAUAGUAAGAGGGAAGAGAGGGUUAGGGGUACAGGUGAGAGAGAAAAGGAAUUGUGUUAACUGAUUAACUGAUUAACUGAUUCCCUGAGGUUUAGAUAAUAUAUACUAUGCACUGAUACCGAUCUUCUCUGACUAUCGUGUAGCCAAAGCACAUCCACUUACACAGGAGAGGGAAGUAUCAGCCGGCUCGAGGGAACCCCAGAAUUUGCAGAAGCACACAUAAACUUUGUGGGGAAGGAAGGGGAAGCCAAAUCAGCUCACUAAGGUCUGAGCAUGUUCAGUGAGCAUGGAAUGGAAAACUGGGGAGGGAAGCGAUAGGAUAGAGUAUCCCAAGAAAAGGCAAUGCUGACUCGCAUUGUGAACAGCAGCAAAUGUUUUGUUGAAGACACCACUUAAUAUCCAAGCCAGUCCUCAGAUAGCAACACGUAUUUUUUUUUGCCAUUUCUACUUUUAUAAUCAAACAUUUACUUGUUUACCAGCUAGUUCUCUCCUGUUUUGUCUUGUUCCUCCCUUGCAGAUUACAUAGACGGGGAAGGAGACUGGAGCCCCUGGUCUAUUUGUAGUAUAACCUGUGGCAACGGCAAUCAGAAGCGCACCAGAACCUGUGGCUAUGCCUGCACAGCCACCGAAUCAAGGACAUGUGACAGGCCCAACUGUCCAGGUUAGGCUCCGCUUAAUUACUUUGACCUGAACGGCACAACUGCUUGCAACCCUUCGCUGGUAAAAAGUAUCAUAUUAAAAUAAUAGGAGGAGAUGCUUCCCCAUACCUGAAAUUAUCAGCUUUGUUGUGCCUUCGAGGCAGAGCCAGAUGCUUUUCCUUUCUAAAGGGCCUUCAGGAGCACUGCUCAUGCUGUGUGCCUCAGAUUUCAACAGAGCCUACAGAGAUGUAGGCAAGAGAGACCUGCAUUUCUUGUGAGAUGCACUAGAUGGGGUACUAUAGGAAAUAAGAGUAUCCUGCCUUCUGAAGUUCUAAUUGCAUUUACCAUUAUUGUAUUGCUUAAAAAGAUAAGCGCUAAGAGAAUAAGAUGCUUUGGUGUUUUUGCAGUGACAUCAGGUUUCAAAGUGUAGAGAAAGAGAGCAAUAUGCAAAAUGAGAUGAUCAAGACAGCCGUAGCAGUUCGAAGCCUAAUGCCUUGGAUGUGGUACCUUGGAUAAACUAUGACUCUUGCACACACAUCACUAGUGGGGUCAGGGAGGCCCUUCACUCAGAUGUGAACAUGCUGGUAACUAUACUUUAACUUAGGCAAUGGAGGCCUUCCCUGAUAUUUCUCAUUCAUCCCUCCAACACGGCCUGUAUUUAGAUGCAAAAGUGCAACUAGAAAACACUUUGAGAUCUUCAGGGAAUUCUUACUUGUGGAGAGAGCAUUAGCACUAUUUUUUUAAAAGCAUAUUCAUUAAUCAUACAACUAUUAUUAUUUCAUUGCUUUAUUAUUUCAAAUAAAUUGUCUCAGAGCAACAUACAGAUCCAUAAAACUACAAACAGCAUUAAAAACUAUCAGUUAAAAACCAGAUGCAAAAUAAAACCCAAGAUGCAAUAAACAGAAAUUCAGACAAUGGUAUGAAAAGAAGAAAUCAUUCCCCUGACCUAAAUGGUGAGCACCACAAAAAAGGCCAAAUUCAUACCAGAGUAUGUUCCAGAUUAAUAACCCAAUGCCUGGGCAACACGGAGUGUCUCAACCUGGCGCCUGACAGCUGGCACUGACGGCGCCAUGUUUGUUUCCUUGGAAGGAGCAUGACAACACAGUAGAAAUUGCCCAAGGAUUUGCCAGAGAGAAUGAACCCUCACCCUCAUUAGAACUCCACUGAGAAUUUGGAAAUGUUAAGGGCAAAAACUAAAUUGCCGUGAGUUUUGCCUUCAUGGUGGGUUCUUGGGUAUCUUGCUCAACAAACUUUCCAUAACUUGUAGGGAGGGUACGUGUCUGGAACAACGGCAAGGGAAAGCUCGUCUGAACAAAUAACUGUGUCUUCAACUUACAAAGAUAAUUUGCUGAUACUUCUCCAGAACUGUCAUGUGUGAUGCUGACAUGCCAAUUUGAGGAUGUGCGUUGUGGAAUGCACACAGUUUUAGGCUACAUAGAAAGUGCCAUCUUUGCUUUAUUUAAGGAAUUUGUUCCCCUUGGUUGUUUUUUAUGGGAUAGCAACCUUGAUUUUUUGGUCCGCCCACCGCCCCCCAUCUCCCCUUUCUGUUAACAGGAAUAGAGGCGUAAAAAUGGCAACCCUAAGUCAACCUCCUUAGACAGUGCAGUUUAAAUUGACCAGCCCUAGACUCUGCAUCUGUGUGAUGCAUGUUUGAGGGGGGGGGAAAGGCAAGGCCCGGUCUCAAAGGUGCUGCUAAUAUCGGCUUGGCAUAGAGGCACCUAGCUCAACAGAGCAGCAUCUUUCAGACAGAGGAUUGCCUUUGUUGUCCAAAUACAUUUUCCAAACAAUGUAAACUUUGUUUACAAGUUGCUUCCACCUGACCCAGCUGGAGCUGAAGGGGGUGUGUGGAAUCAGGUGGUUCAUUCUCUGCUUGUGUGGUUAGGUCAUUUAAACAUGGCCCCAGAUAAGAUGUUCCUGCACAGCUGAGAGAAUAUCUGCAGGCAUUUUUUGUUGUUGUUGUCGUCGUUGUUCCUCUCAUGUUGGGGUGGUUUCUUAAGGUCUGGAUUUAUUAAUAGCCCAAAUAUUUGCACCACCGUGUCUGUCAGUCACAUUGUCUUCAUCAGCCUGCAACACCAGUAUGUAGUACAUCCUGUUUUUUGUAAAAAUAAAAUAAAAAUCUGCUUGCGUAGCAGUCGAAAACUCCUCUGCUCAGCACUCGUUUGCUGGCACUGCAAGCAGAAAAUAAUGAAAAACUGUCUUGCGACUUAAGUUUCCAGUCGCUGGCAGUUAUAAGCGAUUGCUGUGAUGUUCAGAGAAACAUAACCAUUCAGAAGGUACUUAAUGGCACCAGCGAGUAGUAUCAGGUAUUCAUCUCAAGUCAAUAUUAAAAUAUUUGAGAGGGGAUGGUGUCAGAGAGGGGUGGGAGGACAUUUGUUUUGACCUUUGUAUUAAAGUGCAAGACUGCUGAGGCUCAGAAGUAAUUUUCAUUCUCUUAGGUUCUUUCUCAUUCUCUCUGAAUCGAAAGCAAGAGCUUUAACCAAUUUUAAUACUGUAUUUUUAUAUUGCUGUUGUAACCUUCCCCUGGGACCUCAUGGUGACAAGCAGUUAAGAAAUCCAAUAAACUAAAAGUAACAAUGACGGCAUGAAUGUUUAUAGGAACAUAAGAAAUCAGUGGGAUACUAAUGCAAGCCUAGUUUCUUUACUGCCUUGUAUUAUGUGCCGUUACUGAAAAAAUAUAUUUAUAUACCCUGCUUUCUUCAGGGAUUGAAGACACCUUCAGGACAGCAGCCACAGAAGUGAGUUUGCUCGCAGGAAGCGAAGAAUUCAAUGCCACAAAGCUCUUCGAAGUCGGUAAGCAGAAAGGAGCAGAGGGGUCUCUUCCUUCAGAGCUAAAUGAUGCAGGCAGACUUCAAUCUGUGAGACAGUUUCCCCCUAGGACACUUCUGAGAAGGUGCUGUGAGGGAACACUCAAAUAUUUCCCGUCUUUGUAAUGUGUGGGUUUUGAUUGAGCCAGUUACACAUUGUUCAGCAGCCAUUCCCAGUGGGCUUUCGAAAGGAAAAAUGUUGGACUAAACGUUUCUGCUUCCAGCUGUGCCACAGCCUUCUUGAAUCAUUGCAAGUUCGUUAUUCAAGGACAAAAGGCAAAAACUUGAAUACUACAGCUGCACAUAAUAUGUUCAGGGUGACUCUGCAACCAACAGGUAGCACUCCAAAAUCUGCCCAUACUGGCCAAGACAUGGUUAAUCCGGAGCAUUGUUUAUGGGAUGCGAAAGCAUUGCUUGGAGCAAGGCUGAGGAUUUUCUUAAAACUUGCACAAAGGUUUGACUCUGUUCUUUAUUCCAGAUGCAGAUCCUCACUUCAUCAUUCAUGAGUGUUCUGCUAGUGUCAUAUCCUGAUUUGCACAGAUAUCUUGCUGUCUCCCCACAUAUUACAAGUCUGGAAUGUGAGCCACUUAUGGCUUCAGUUAUAAAGGAGCUGUUUCAAUAUCAUCCGUUAAGAUUAUAGUUCCAGUGUCUCUGUGCAGCUGCAUUCAAGAGGCCCUCACAGAGGCGGGGGGGCGGUGCUCUGCCAAAUUUUAACCCACAUUUUAUUUUUUAAUCAUAAGGGAACCUCAUGAAAACUAGGUGCACUACAAUGCACUCACUUCAGCUUUAGUGUAGCUAAAGAAUGCACAGUAUAUUUUCAGAAGAUUGAUAUUGAUAUAUGGAAGGGCAAAAAUACAGCCCCCUUUGGUCAAUGGAUAGAUGAUACGACAACUCUUGCAACACGUGAAUGGAUUGCUUUCAGACAAAGAUUACACAUGGACAAAUUUAAAUGAUAUUUGGAAUGUAUUUAUGAAAACCAUAGUGACCCAUGAGUCCAUUGACAUAUAUACUAUAUAGUUUGGUAACAUUAAUUAUAUGUUAUGGUUAUUAUGUUAUUGCUGUUUUCCUCUGCUUUCCCUUUUCUGUUCUUUUCUUUUCAUAUUUACUUUUACUCACUAUAAUAAUAAUAAUAAUAAUAAUAAUAAUAAUAAUAAUAAUAAUGUCUUUUCUUCUGACAAGAUGCACACUCCAUAGGGAAAGGCUGACAUAUUGACAUGUCACACAUUGACAGUGAAACUGGUACAAUUCAAAGUGUUGGUUCUGACCUUUAAAGCCCUAAACGGCCCAGACACUGACAUCCUCCUCCGAAGGUCUUCUGCUUGUUCCCUCACUACGAGAAGUGAGGUUACAGGGAACCAGGCAGAGGGCCUUCUUGGUAGUGGCGCCCACCCUGUGGCACACCCUCCCAUCAGAUGUCAAGGAAAUAAACAACUAUCUGACUUUUAGAAGACAUCUGAAGGCAGCCCUAUUUAGGGAAGUUUUUAAUGUUUGAUGGGCAGGGUAUAAAUAAUAAAAAAAUGUUGUUGUUGCAUGUUUUCCAGGGCCUUAAAACAUUUUUAAAAUAAUAUUGGAAUUGAUUUUGUGAUAGAACACAAAGCAAACCCUUGACUACCAGAGUGUGAUGUUAGCUAAAUACUGUCAAAAUCCUGCAUUUUUGUCAUCUCUGAAACACAGUCAAGUUCUCCUUGUGUCCCUUUUCUACUGUCCAGAUACUGACAGCUGUGAAAGGUGGAUGAGCUGCAAGAGUGAAUUCUUAAAGAAGUACAUGCACAAAGUGGUCAACGACCUCCCUGCUUGCCCUUGCACGUAUCCCACGGAGGUUGCCUACAGCACGGCCGAUAUCUACGACCGGCUUAAGCGGAAAAACUUUCGCUGGAAAGAUGCGAGUGGGCCAAAGGAAAAACUGGAGAUCUAUAAGCCGACCGCUCGCUAUUGCAUCCGGUCCAUGCUGUCUUUGGAAAGUACCACCCUGGCUGCACAGCACUGUUGCUACGAUGACAUCAUGCAGCUGAUCACAAGGGGCAAAGGAGCAGGCACCCCAAACCUGAUCAGCAUAGAAUUCUCCGCCGAACUACAUUACAAAGUGGACAUCUUGCCUUGGAUCAUUUGCAAAGGGGACUGGAGCCGCUAUAAUGAAGCCAGGCCUCCUAAUAAUGGUCAGAAAUGUACAGAGAACCCUUCAGAGGAGGACUAUUACAGACAAUUUCAGGAAGCAAGAGAGUACUGA